AACAUUGUUGGUUAAGGGCUUGUAAGUAAGCAUUUCACUGUAAGGACUACAACUGUUGUAUUCGACGCAUGUGACAAAUACAAUUUGAUUUGAUACAAACAACCAAAUAGUACAAACAAAUAGUACAAAUAGCAUCAAAAAAGGUUCAUACCCUGCUGUUCCAUAAACCACUUUUCCACGUUUUGUGUGAACUCACCAACACUUGCAACACAUUUUAAACCUUCUGGAAGUUGUUUGUAAUGCUUUUACAGCUUUUACAGAAAAUUACAACUUUGAAUAAGUAUUGACAUUUGGAAUAUAUUGUGUGGGUUGUGAGAGGUCGACUGAAUACUGUAAUGAAGUUCUGUUUCGAGGAGUAAAAUGUGUCAUCUUCUUUUGUACAUUUUAUUCAUCUUCCUCUGGUUUUGUGUGUUCAAAUGGAAGACUGAGGACAGCCAACCUGGUAGUGACACUCACUGUACUAAUAUCUGAUCUGCCUGAGAACAAAAGUCUGUUGUCAACCAAUCCAGCACUGUUGUUAUCAAUGUUAAUUUCAAACUUUAUUGAGAUUUUGUUAUUUUGAGAAUUCUUGCCCUAAACUGUGGAACCUUCGAAAGUGUCUACAAACCACCCACUUGUUUUGUACCAAUACAAUAGCAUGUAAUUGUUUAGUUAUGGAAUGAAGGAAGGUGUUUAUCAGAACUGUUUUUGUGUGUGGUUUGUUCAAUCAUAAAUCAUGUGAGCCAACAGGAUCUGAUGUAAUGCUGUGAGAUCCUAUCCCUCACUAGUUGAUAAACCUGCAACAGAAAAUAAAUAUGUUGACGUAAGCUGAACUAUAGCCCAUUCAUUGAUGCUCGGCUCGAGCAAGCUGAAGUUCGGACUAGAUUUGCAUAAAACAAAUGCAAUGCCACCAGGUUCCUCUAAAGCUAACAUAAACGUACAUUUUGCAGUCACAAAAUGAUAUAUGACUAUGAACAAUCAUGACAUGAGCUAACAUUAGAAGAGAAGGGAUUUUACUGUGUUCUCUCUUCAAAGCACACAGUGGUUUGACAGACCAUUUUCUCAUCCCAAAAGAACAUCAAAUGUGAGUGAAAUCAACUCCUAGCAUCCACAAUGUUUCCUCUGCAUCUACUCCUGCUGAUAUCUGGAACACUGGCUAUGAUUUGCUCAAAUUCAGACAAUACCUUUUAUUUCAACACCACAACUGGGGUGAUUUCAAUGAAGAUUCUACAAGAGAAUAUCACCAUCAACGAUAAAGCUGAGGAUGCUCUGAAAUGCUAUUGGGCGUCCAGGGAAAGCUAUGUUGAUUGCACCUCGAUGAAUGUGACCUCAAUGAACCUAACUGACUGUCGGACGGUGCAGAUUUCUUUUGCCAGUCACUCAAUCGGCAAGUUCAUCUUCAACAUAUCUUCGUCCACGUGUGAAGUCACCAAUUGUACAGAGACAGCAAUCAAUGCCCUUUUGAGAGAGAUACAAGAUCAUCCCGGUGCAGGUCCAAAGAAACUUAGAAAGAUCUUGAACAUACGAAGUAUGUGUGCAGACCUGUUUAAUAACAAUCACACCAUGGGCAUGAUGUUUAUUGACAUUGAACGGGGCCUCAUACACAGCAUCAUGAACAUCUCAUUCACUGGAGAGUCUGUGCUCUACAACCUCAGGGAUCUGGCUCUGACUGUGUUCAACCUAGCCAACCUAACCAGUGCCAAUGACAAGAUGGUGCACAUAAAAGCUCCAGAGCUCUUCCCUGAGAACAACUCUUACAUUUCGGAAAUAUGGAUCCCUAUUGAUGCACUCCAGAACAUCCCAGAGGGAAAGAGGAAAGUGGGCGUGGUCACCUAUAAAUCACCCAAUGAGUUCAUGUUUAAAGAGGAACUCGUGAGAACCAGGGUCAUGCGGAUAGAGAUGGAGGGCGGCAGACGACUUCAGAACUUGACCACUCCACUGAAGAUGCAGUUCAAAUUGCUUGACCCUAUAAUACCAGUGAAUUACAGCCUGUCAUGUCAAUAUUUCAAUGAAUAUGGUACUCUCUUCCACACUGGGAACAUAAGCCUCCCAGACACUGUCUUUUGGAAAACGGAUGGAUGCGUUACUAAGAUCAACGACAGCGUGGUGGAGUGCAUCUGUAACCACACCACGCCGUUUGCCGUGCUGCUGAUCUCUGACCUAUCUGUUGGCAGUGUGCACUGGCAGAUCUUGUCUUACAUCAGCUAUAUUGGCUGUGGCUUGUCUGCCUUCUUCACCGCCGUAUCCUUCCUCACCUACGUCAUCACCACAAACUCCAGGGGGGACAAUGCCAACAGCAUCCACGUGUCACUGAGCGGGGCUUUGUUCCUACUCAACACCUCUUUCCUACUCAACGAGUGGGGGGCCAGCCUGGACAUCAGGGGCGUGUGCAUCUUCAUUGCGGCGGCCAUUCACUACAGCCUCCUCAGCUGUUUCACCUGGAUGGCCAUUGAAGCUGUCCACCUGUAUCUCCUCCUGGUCAAGGUGUUCAACACUUACUACCGACACUAUAUGGCCAAGCUGUCUGUCAUUGGCUGGGGGGUCCCUGGUAUCAUUGUGGGAGUUUCAUUGGCAGUCAAGGAUAUCAAACCAUUAUAUGGACCUACAAAAAUGACUAUGGCAGACACUAACCAGACAAAUACAAUCUGCUGGAUCAUGGACAUCCCCUUCUUCUACUGUAUGAACGUGGCCUACUUCACCCUCAUCUUUGUCUUUAACUCUGGAAUUCUGUUAACGGUGACCACCCGGAUCUGCCAGCUGCAGUGCUAUAGCAGUAAGGGCAUGCCUGGGAAGGCAAGCCUGGCCUGGAAGGACAUCUGCACCGUCCUGGGUCUGACCUGCCUGCUGGGCAUCACCUGGGGCCUGGCCUUCCUCAGCUACGGCUAUGUCAACCUUCCCAUCCUCUACCUGUUCAGCAUUUUCAACUCCCUUCAAGGCUUCUUUAUAUUCCUAUGGAUCUGUGGCUCUGCCAGGAAAGACAGGGAGCAGGCGGCGAAAAACAAGAUCACAUCAGCAGCUCUACACACCUCUACAGCCAAACCCAAGGAGGAGAUGUAUCCUGGCAACAACCCCGACCAGUAAACAAUGUCUGUCCACAAUGGAGAUCACUCAUAUCUACUUAGAUGGCAAGGGGAGUUUUUGCUUUGUGUCUAAUGGCAUGUGCAUUGUCUCUUUGUUUCUCUUUCACAAAUAUCAUUCCCUUUGCCAUCAUACAAGUACUUGGGAGUAUGGCUAGACGGUACACUGUCCUUCUCUCAGCACAUAUCAAAGCUGCAGGCUAAAGUUAAAUC